AUGACGUCCCGUGUUCCUGAAGUACACAAUGCUAUUAACAAUCGCCUGCGUAACAUCGAUCCGUUAUGGCUAGUACUUGGUGCUAUAAGUGGAACAAUCGUUUAUAUGAAGGUGGUUCGACUUUAUAGACGAAGCGAGGAGCCGCUGAUAAAACGCCUAUCUGCUUACGCAUUUUCUCAACUUCGUCGCUUGCCAAUGGUGAAAGCUAAGAUUGAGAAAGAAUUAUAUGGUGCCAAAAGAGAAAUACUUGAGACAAUCCACAAAGAUGACAGUGAUAGAGUAUUUAUAACAGGUGCUGUUUUAAGCGUAUCUUUUCGUUGGCAUGAAUUGCCGAAGGAAGGACUUCUUGCGGGAUCGGUGCUUGAACUUGCUAAAAAAUAUGAAAUGUACGGCAGAUUCGCCAUCAACGAAGGUCGUGUUUCGGGUGCAGUUUAUACCGAUAGAUUACCGGCGCACAUUGACUUGUUGGCAAAGACUUUUAAUAUCACAAUUGGUGCUCAGGUAUAUAGCAUGUACGCCUUCUCUAAUCCUCUCCAUCCAGAUGUGUUUCCGGGAGCGCGAAAAAUGGAAGCAGAAACGAUCCGCAUGGUUCUCAACUUAUACAAUGCUCCACCAGAUAGCUCUGGAAGUCUUACAACGGGUGGUACU